CAACAGCCUAUGCGGGAAACGCCCGGAAGGCGGUGAGUAGCGGCGGGAAUCCCUUGUGGACACAUACAUUGUCCCUGAACGACCCCAAGCUCUCCUCCAGACGAGAAAUCUUUGUGAUUCUCGAAAUACUCUUUUUUGAACUCGAGGCUCGUUUGCCGCUCAAUACCCGGGCUGUCUGAGCGGCUCGUGGAAUCGCCCCUCGCUCUCCUAGGCCCAACACCGCGUCACACAAACAGUCGUCUCAUCCCCCACACACCAUGCGGCUCGACGUCAAGAGGCAGCUCUUUGCCCGCUCGGAGCGGGUAAAGGGAAUCGACUUCCAUCCUACAGAGCCGUGGAUUUUGACUACUCUUUACAGCGGUCAUGUCUACAUUUGGUCAUACGAGUCACAGUCCAUUAUCAAAACAUUCGAGCUCACCGAUGUCCCUGUCCGUGCUGGUCGAUUCAUUGCGCGGAAGAACUGGAUUGUCUGCGGCUCAGAUGACUUCCAGCUCCGUGUCUACAACUACAACACCUCCGAAAAGAUCACAUCCUUCGAAGCGCACCCGGACUACAUUCGCUCAAUCGCAGUUCACCCCACCCAGCCCUACGUUUUGACCGCAAGUGAUGACAUGACCGUGCGAUUGUGGGACUGGGAGAAAGGUUGGAAGUGUGUUCAGGUCUUUGAGGGUCACAGCCACUAUGUGAUGGGAAUGGCGAUCAACCCCAAGGAUACCAAUACGUUCGCCACGGCCUGCUUGGACCGAACUGUGAAGAUCUGGAAUCUCGGUUCCCCUCACGCCAACUUCACGUUGGAGGCCCAUGAAACGAAAGGAGUCAACCACGUUGAUUACUACCCGGGCUCGGACAAGCCAUAUCUCCUGACCACCUCGGAUGACAAGACUGUCAAGGUCUGGGAUUACACCACCAAGGCCCUCAUUGCAACCCUUGAAGGCCACACCAGUAAUGUUUCUUUUGCUUGCUACCACCCCGAGCUUCCCGUCAUCAUCUCCGGUUCCGAAGAUGGCACAAUCAAGAUCUGGCACGCCAAUACCUACCGCCUGGAGCAGUCACUCAGUUAUGGUCUGGAGCGGGCAUGGUGUGUCUCCUACCAGCAGGGCCGGCAAGGAAUUGCUAUGGGUUUCGACGAUGGUGCAGUGGUUGUGAAGAUGGGUCGUGAGGAGCCUGCUGUCUCGAUGGAUGGAUCGGGCAAGGUUAUUUACGCCAGGCAUAGCGAGGUGGUGUCAACCGUUAUCAAGGGCGACGCCAGCGUGAAGGACGGAGAACCCAUUUCGCUCCCGACUAAGGAUCUCGGACAAUGCGAGGUCUACCCCCAGACCCUCUCACACAACCCUAACGGCAGGUUUGUUUCGGUCUGCGGUGAUGGAGAGUACAUCAUUUAUACCGCUCUCGCGUGGCGUAACAAGGCUUUCGGUUCCGCCCUUGACUUCGCCUGGGGCUCCAAGGACAACAGCAACGAUUACGCCAUUCGCGAGUCCGCAACGAGUGUCAAGAUCUUCAAGAACUUCAAGGAACAGCCUGGCGGUCUCGACGUCGGAUUCCAAGCCGAGGGACUUAGCGAUGGUGUGUUGCUCGGUGUUAAGGGACAAGGGGGCAUUGGCCUGUUCGACUGGGAGUCCGGUAACCUGGUCCGCCGUAUCGAGGCUGAUCCCAAAUCUGUCCACUGGUCCGAGUCUGGAGAGUUGGUGACACUUGCUUGCGAGGAUGCCUUUUACGUUCUCCGCUACUCCCGCGAGGCCUACAUUGAGGGUUUGAACAAUGGAGAAGCCGAUGAAGACGGUGUUGAAGCUGCGAUGGAGCUCGUUGCUACCGUCAAUGAGACUGUCCGUACCGGAGAGUGGGUUGGCGACUGCUUCAUCUACACCAACUCUACCAACCGCCUUAAUUACCUUGUUGGUGAUCAGACCUACACCAUCUCCCACUUCGACCAGCCCAUGUAUGUCCUCGGCUAUCUGCCCCGUGAUGGCCGCAUCUAUCUGGCCGACAAGGAUGUCAACGUCGUUUCUUUCGCUUUGUCCCUCGCUGUGCUUCAAUACGAGACACUCAUUCUUCGGAACGAGACCGAAGCGGCCGCCGAGGUUCUUCAGGAUGUUCCUGAGGAUCAGAUGAACAAGAUCGCCCGCUUCCUUGAGGGACAAGGGUACAAGGAGCAGGCUCUCGAAGUAGCAACCGACCCAGAGCACCGGUUCGACUUGGCUCUGUCUCUCAAUGAUCUCGAGACAGCUCUCGAGAUUGCUCGCGUCGCCAACGUCGAGCACAAGUGGAAGCUUAUCGGUGACGCCGCUCUGGCCAGCUGGAAUCUCGCUCUGGCCCAGGAAUGCUUCACCCAGGCCAAGGACGUGGGUUCCUUGUUGUUGCUGCACACUGCCUCCAACAACCGGGAAGGCCUCCGUGCUUUGGCCGUUCAAGCCUCCGACUCCGGUCUGCACAACGUUGCCUUCUCCACACUUUGGUCCUUGGGUGACGUGGAUGCCUGUAUUGACCUGCUCAUUAAGACUAACCGCAUUGCGGAGUCCGUUCUCUUCGCUCAGACCUACAAGCCCUCUCGUGCUCCCGAACUCGUCGUGCAGUGGAAAGCCUCUCUUGAGUCAUCGGGUAAGACCAAGGUCGCCCGCCUCGUCGGUGUGCCCCCCGGUGCCCCGGAUAUCAUUUCCACCGAUGACGACCUGUUCCCUGAGUGGGAUGAGUACAUUCGUCUUGAGAAGGAGGGUGUCGUCCCCGAGCCCCCUUCCUCCGAGUCUCUGAUCGAUAUCAACGGUGACGACGAGAAGAAGACCGCCACGAACGGCGCCGCCGCGGAGGAAGCCGAAGCCGAGGACGAACUCGAAGCGGAGGACGAGCCCGAAGCUGAGGAUGAAGCGGAGGACGAAGAGUAAAAAGGGAAACCAAAUGGAGUUGGUUUGUAUUCAAAGACAGUUUAACGGCUCGAGGAUGCGUUGAAUAGAGCAUUUGUCUUUUUUUUUCUAUUUUUGUUUCAGUUUCCCCGACUCGAUCAAGUCGAGGGGCUUGAAUGUCCAGAUUUUGAAUUGCGAGCGGCGUCUUAACGUGUGUCCGACAUCUCUUGUUUGUCCUCUUUACCCUUUUUUCAAACUCUUCUUCGUGUUUUAUUUCUAGGUUUUUCUUAUUGCUGUAAUCCCGCUGUGACAGGUCUCAAUUCUUGGCGGGUUUUGCCUAGGAUUGAAUGAUAGAUACAAUGAUGAGGUCUCUAGCCUUGGAGCUUUUCCAAACUGUAAUGCUUAUCAUCUAUGUCGAAGGACACUAAUAGAGCGCAUCGUGGCCAGGGAAAGCGCAGGCGAGGGGACAUGUUUUGCGAUCAUUAGCAAGUAUCGAUGCCGAUUGUAGACUCUGUAUACGAUGAUCUGUAAUAUUCUACGCUAUGAAUGAUCUGGAUUCCAGUGGAAACUUGACUUGGCAUUGUCCGUCCAGGCUCUGUCAAAGGAUAUGGAGAGAGAGAGCAUCUCGCACAUGGAAACCGGACCGGAUACACAGAGAAAGGGAUUCCACUAGACAGGUAAUGACCGCUUGAGAACAUCAAACGAAAACAAGGGUGCAAAGGAACCUGCUUGCGUUGAUGGGGUUGGCGGACACUGAGAUGGGAAUGAUGAGGAACAAAUCAAGCGCUCAGAGGUGGUGAGAUUCGGUGGGAACUGGAGAGACAAGGAGAAGGGUAGAGGGAAAACAUUGCAGCCUCGGGAACUGGCAAAAGCCACCGAGCAAAAAAAUGCCGCAGACUCCUUAGGAAUGAAAGGGGAAAGAAACAAGGAAAGCCGUGGAGGAAUAAAAGGUCGAGACGAAACAAGGCAAAUGAUCAAGAUUGGUGAUAUGUGGAUCAAGAACAAAACACAGUACAAAGGAAAAUCGUAUCUAUGAAUCAAUUCUCACGCACCAGUCAUAUUUGAUCUAGUUGUUAAGGCUAGUGGCCUGGAGUAGAUCCUGCUUUUACUCCGGGAUGCUGCCAAAAGAAGGAUCCUUGACACUGCCGCCUGCAUCGCCAAGACCAGCCACUGGACGGUUGUAAGACCAUCCAGCAAACUGUUGUUGCAUGGUGGAGGACAGAGCGGGACCUUCUACGUAGGAGUCCUGGGGCAUCUCUCCAGUGAAUUCCUUAUCAAAGUUUUCGGUAUCACGAGCAUCCACCUAGACAAAAAGAGUGAGCAAUGAUUGUUCAGAAGACCCCUGAGAUUGGAGUUACAUACCACAUUGGGACGGAAACUGGGCUCAUACUUCCGCUGAAGCAGUUUACGCCAAUCGAUGUUGGCAAAGAAGUGGUGCGACUUGAUCUCUGCGGCACCGUUGGCACCCAGACGACGCUGAGGAUCGCGGUCGAGCAGGCGCGUGAGAAGAUCCCGAGCAGCUGGGGGGACGAUAUCACUGCUGGGGAAGGUCAAGGGCUCCUGCAAGAUCUUGCGGUACAUCUCGUUCGUGUUCUCGUCGUAGAAGGGGGGCAGACCCGUCAACAUCUCAUAGAGCAAGACACCCAGAGUCCACCAAUCCACAGUCUUCGUGUACCCAUUGCCGAGCAACAGCUCUGGGGCAAGGUACUCAGGAGUACCACAGAAGGCUGCAUCUUGGUCAGCGAAAAUGCCCGAAAGAGAAGUAAAUAAUGAAACUGAGACUAACUGUUUGUCCGGUCCUCGUCCUUCAUAUCCAACUUGCAGAGACCGAAAUCGCAAAGGGCGAUGUGACCGGUAUAGUCGAGAAGGAUAUUCUCGGGCUUGAGAUCACGGUAGAUAACCUUGAAACCGUGCAAGCACUCGAGCGCACACAACAGCUCGGCGGUGUAGAACCGGGCGCGGUUGAUGUCAAAUCGUUGCUCACGUUGCAGGUGGUGGAACAGCUCUCCACCAUUGACGAAUGCGAGAACAAGGUACAGCUUCUCGGGCGACUGGAACGAGAAUUUCAACGGGACAAUGAAAGGGUUAUUGAUCUGUGCCAGCACGGAUCGUUCUGCAAGGGUGUGGGUGACUUCAGAUCGGGAGAUGAUAUGAGCCUUGCGGAUGGUCUUGAGGGCGUAAAUUCGGCCGGUAUCUUUCUUCCUGUAUUUUGAAAGAAACACAGUUAGCAACCCCGUUAAACUGGCAGGAAACAAAGAGAGUGCCAAGGGUGACGUACAUGACCUGCAUGACCUUGCCGAAACUACCCUUGCCGACGACUUUCAACAAGUCAAAGUCCUCCAUCUUGAGGCUGCGUUGUCUGUUUUCAACGAAGGAAACACCGAUCUUGAUAGAACCACUACCGAACUGGAGGUCCAGCCACUCAGCACCCAGUUGGCCCAUGGUACGUUCCUGUUCCGCAUGAGCAGCAGCAGCCUUUUGAUUGUCCUUCUUGCUAAGCUUGGGGUCCUCCACGUAUGGUUGGCCGGCCUCCUCAAAGCGUGGGUUGACCUUGGUAGCACCUAAGAAGAUGUCCUCACUGCGACCGGCACCAGGUCGGGCGGUGGGGUUACGGAGGUACAACUGUACGUUCAGUUCGGUCUUCCGGGACACAUCGAACUUGAACGCCGUGCUGUCGCCCGCCCACAAGGGGGCCUCGGGAGUACCAGACACGGCAUCGACGAAGACCUGGUUCUUUUCGAAAUCAAGAAGGGCGUAUGGAAGGUAUUUGGUGGAGUAACGGCCGUGGAUGGUCGGGGCAGCGUUCAGGCCUCCACUGGUGGACUGCGGCCGAGUGGACUGCACGAACGAGCCCGCUUGCCCAUGAGAGGAGUGUGAAGAGGAGGAGGUGCUGGGGCGCAAAGAUGAUGGCGCAUACGAGUUGUUUUGAAAAUGAGAGUUGAAGAUUUGCUGGUAAUGAGGGGACAGGGAGAAUCCUUGGCCUUCGUGAAGAGUCACAAUGAGGAUGCCUGGCUUCACGGGCGCCACGGGGG